AUGGGCUCGGGCCAAUUUGACAAAGCUGGUAUUCUCGCCGUCGACUUCUCCAAGCUCGAGGCCAAGUCUCCUACUUUCGAGCUCUCCCAGGAUGAUAUCAACUCCCUGAUCAAGGCGUUCACCAAGCCCGAUGAUGCUUUCGCUACCGGCUUCUCCGUUGGUGGUGAGAAGUUCGUCACUAUUAAGGCUGACGCUCGUAGUCUAUAUGGCAAGAAGGGUAAGGAGGGUGUUAUCGUUGUUCGUGCUUCUUCUUGCACUAUGAUUGCGCACCACGCCGAAAACGCUCAGACUACCACUGCCGCUACCGUCGUCGAGAACCUGGUCGAUUACAUCAACAACGCUUAA